AUGGCGGAAAAGAGGCACUUCAUGGCAAUCGGAGGAGGCCCGAUUGGGCAUCCAGCCAUUCCAAAUUUCCAACUUCCUAACAGGCAACUUCUUAAUGCACCAAUUAGGCAAAUUUCAGGUUCAUUUGUUCUGCCCCACCCUGCAAUUAAAAAGGAGCCACCUAAAAAAUUCCCAGAUAUAUUUACAACAUGCCCAGAGCUUCGUAAUUUCAAAAUGCCAAUUGUAAAUUUCCAAAAGCAGUUGUCUCCAUCAAUUCCUCUCUUGGAGCCAUCAGAGCCAUUCCCAGAAUCUCCUGUGCAAGGCAGUUUUGAUCCUAAUGCUAACUGUAUUAACCCGUAUGUACAUUUUUUUAACUUGUCUUUGAGUUUUUUUAUCUUUUUUGAGGAAAAUUUAAAAGACUCAAAGCAAGUUUUUUAA